UGCGACUAAGUAAACAAAACAAGAUGGAAGUUGUUGGACCGCACUUAUAAUGAGAAUGGUUGAUUUAGGAAAUUUGCAUGUUUGGUCCUAAUAUUGAACUUCGAUAAUCCACAGUAAUUUGAAAAGAAAGCUGUGAAAUCACAUCAGAAACCAGGGAUUCUUGAUGAAAGUUGACAUAUUUACGUAAGCGUUUGAGUAAGAAUAAAUUCUACAAAUUGAAGAUGCCAUUUUCACCUAAGAAACAUUUCGUGGGAACACCGCAUACAAACAUACCAUUUGGGGUAAGACAUGAAUUGGAAAGGGAAAGACUGCUUUCUAUGCCAAUGACGGCAAAAAACCACCUUGGAAAGCUGGCAGACAACCUAAAGGAUAUGAGGGAGAAAGGGAUUCUGUGUGACUACUACCUGAAGGCUGGAAGUGCAAGUCUGCCGGUCCACAAGGUCGUGAUGGCAGCUUCUAGUGACUACUUCCUCACAAUGCUGACCACCAACAUGCGAGAGAGUCGAGAGUCUGAGGUGAACCUCAAAGGAGUUACAGCGUGUGCAUUGACUGUCAUUGUGGAGUUUGCUUAUACAGGGAUUCUAAAACUCAACAUGGAGAACGUGGAGGAAGUUCUGGCUGGGGCUACACACCUGCAAGUGAAUGAUGCCGUAAAGCUCUGUAGUCGCUACAUAGAAACCUCCAUUACACCUAAGAACUGUGUAGAUGUUCUGAAUCUGGCUGAAUUGUUCAGUCUGGAGACCACCACCAGGAUAGCUAAAAAAUUUAUUCUGGUAAACUUUGAAAAUGUCGCCCAGUCUGAGCAGUACCAGUUGUUGACUCAGACGCAGCUUAGCGAGAUGCUCCAAGCCAACUCACUCAAGGUGAUCUCCGAGUACAAGCUGUUUGAGUUAGUUUUACAUUGGGUCAACCACAUGCCAGGCAAACGUGAAGCGUUUGUCCCAGAUCUAAUGAAGUAUGUACGCUUACCUCUCCUGUCGGGCGAGGAACUUGUCGACAAGGUCAGUCGUGUGGAGAUCAUGAAAAGGAAUAAAAAUUGCUUAGAUUUACUGACAGCGGCUAAAGAUUAUCACAUCCUUACAGGAAAGCAGCCUUUGAAUCAGACAGCUAGGACACAGGUGAGAUCCGACUCCAAGAGUCUGGUGAUGUGUUAUGGGCAGUGUCUGGAGGGAUAUCCCAUCAAUGAUAGUCAUCGUCUGACUCGCGUUCUACUGAAGGAUCCUAUAGCUCCUCUCUACAACCCCUGUGUCACUGUCAUUGACAACUUCAUGUACACCUGUGGCGGCAAAUAUGACAACCAGGCGAGUAAUGAGAUCGCAACUGCUCGAUGUUUCCGAUACGAUCCAAGAUUUGAUACCUGGUAUGAACUUGCUUCUAUGAUAGAGCCAAGGCGAGACUUUGCUAUGGUGGGUCUGGAGGGUAACUUAUAUGCCAUAGGAGGUCAAGAUGAAAACAAGAUGAUGAGCACAGUGGAGUGUUAUAGUAUUGCCCAGAAUGAGUGGGAUCGUAAGUGCUCGCUGCUUGAACAAGUGUACGGUCAUGCUGCAGCAGUAUGUGAGGGAAAAAUAUAUGUGACAGGUGGUCAGGUGUUUUCCGUUACCAGUAAAAAGGCGUAUUUAUAUAACGUGGUGGACGAUACUUGGGAGGAACGUGCAAACAUGUUGUACCCACGCAUCCACCAUGUCAUGGAGGAGGUACGAGGUCAGCUGUAUUGCAUCGGGGGUAGUGGACAUGGCGGACUUAUCUUCCCAACUAUCACACCGACUGUGGAGAGCUACAACCCUCAGACAAACCAGUGGACGUUAUGUAAGCCUCACACCAGUAUUGUGGACUCGGGUUCAUGUGUUGUGCACGACAAGGUGUAUAUGGUUGGCGGAGCUUUCAUUGACGGUAUCACUAUCUACAACCCUGCAUCAGAUGAUCUUACCCUCUCCCACGCCACAAUCCUCUCCGGUAAAGCCUGUGGUAUCCUGGUUCACCCUCACUAUGUCUGACAAUAUUGUCAAGACGUCGAUGUUGUCAGAUGUUUGAUCAUAUUAUUGAUAACAGUAUAAAAUACCCAUUUUGUCACUGACUAUUUUAAAGGAAACAUUAAAAGCAUGAUUUUAUCAUUAUUACACCAUAGAAUGCUAGUGAUGCUGCUACUGUUUUAUCUGUUAGCCAGGUUAAAUACUAAAUCUACCAGGCGCUACUGCAUCAAUCAGUUUUUAAGGUCAUUUAUUCUUAUGUUUUAUAAUAAAUAUUAUAUUUAUAACGUGUAAGUGAUACAGAUUCUGAGUCCUGAGAAUAUUUAACCAGUGGUCAGAGUGUAUGAAAUACCAUAUAUUCCACAGGUUGGGAAAAAUAUGUAAAACACAUUGCCAUGAAGACCAUAUGUGCACUGUGCCUCAAAACUGAAACAAAGUUCAAGAUAUGGAAUGUAGCUUUCUUAAACAUAAAUCAAUCAACACAAAUAAAGCUGAACGAAAAUACAAUUUCCAAUACAUUUCAGCUCAAGUCUUUUAAAAUAAACAAUAAGUGUUAUUGUUCUCUCCAUAGUGAAACAGUACACACAAAUAUGUUCAAAUCUUAAAAACUUUAAUCUCAAGCUCCAAAAACUUUAAAAGAAUUUUCAUUAAAAUUUCUAUAUAAUGCCAUUUAAUUUGCCCCCUUACUCGUCUUCUUUUGUUAAGAGUAUUUGAAUUUUUAAGGUUAUUGCAGAUUUAUUUCAAGGUCCUCUUUUUCUUGACUGUUAUAAUCAUAUGUCUCCCACUAUGUAUUGCCAAACACCUACAUAUGUAACAUAAACAUUGCUUUGCUAAUAAACAUGUACUGCAAAUUG